CCUGAGAACGCGGGGGGCUUCCGGGGUGCGGGCAGUCUAUCGGUCCGCGGGUAUGGAUGAGGACGGGCUGCCCAUCGUGGGCUCCGGCAUCGACCUCACUAAGGUUCCUGCUAUUCAGCAGAAAAGAACUGUAGCGUUUCUAAACCAAUUUGUUGUUCACACAGUGCAGUUUCUGAACCGCUUUUCUACUGUUUGUGAAGAGAAAUUGUCAGCACUCUCUCUCCGUAUCCAGCAAAUUGAAACAACACUCAAUAUAUUGGAUGCAAAGUUAUCCUCUAUUCCUGGCUUAGAGGAUGUCAAAUUUGAAGUGUCCAGUGCAAAUCUGAAUAAUGUUACAACUAGUCCCAUGGCACCAGCUACUACGGAUCAACAGGCAGCUGUGUCACCUCAGUCUGGACAGAAUAAUAAACAUGAAGAAGCAUUACAGAAAACGGAGAUAGUAACAGAAAAUAUGAGAACUGUGGCCAAAGACCCAAGAUAUGCCAGAUAUCUCAAAAUGGUACAAGUGGGUGUUCCUGUUAUGGCCAUACGAAACAAAAUGAUUUCUGAGGGGCUAAAUCCAGAUCUUCUUGAGACUCCAGAUGCCCCUGUGCCUGCUUGGGGAGAUGAUGGGAAUGCAGAAGACAGUUCUGAUAGUGAAUCUUCCUUUAGUGACUAAAAAGACCAAUUUUAGCCUUUGGAAACCUCCAUUAAGUGCUAAUGUGUUUGGAGCUUUUGCAAAUAAUGAUUUUGUGUGCAUUACGUGAGUGACAUGAUUUAUCUGACAGCUUUUCUUAGCACUGAGAUCUUCUGCGUUCUCUCCCAAGAAGUCUGGGCAGGCAACGUGUUUGACCUGAAACUUUCCAUCAUGAAAAUUGAUUGCGAUAUCCUUGUGAUGUUUAUCCUUUGUUAGUUCAGAUUCUUUCUGAUUCUUCUGGAGUUACCUAAAAAAAAAAACC